AUGAGUUCCAGACAUGAAGAAGAGCUUACUGCCUUAGCACAGUUACUAGCCUUAUGCGAAUCGCAUAGGUAUGUUUCAAGAUUUGACCCAAUGUUGCAUAUUGUCAACCAAUUAAAACAUAUCGCACUUGCAUCAAGUUAUCUAAUAGAAAAUUAUAAGAGGCUGCCUUCAUUUCCAGCAGAUAAUAUUAUUUAUGAUAAUGCAAUAAUCAAAUUCAUGAACAUGAAUAGAGUUCUAGAAAGUUACUCAAAUAUAUUAAUGACCAGCAUAAAUCUGAUAUUUGACUAUAACAUAAGCACAUUUAGAUCAAUAAAACAGCGAUCGUUUAUCCAGUGCAUAUUAACAGUCCUUUCUAGAUUAGAAGUAUACAAUAAUACCUAUGGAACUCGAUUACCAAGUUCUCUAAAAUAUAUUAUUAAUGAAUUCAAAUAUGAGUUCGAGAAAUGUUACAGAGAUGCAAGCUUGAACAUUAUAAAAUUUAAUCAAACAAUAGAUCUGACAUCAUUCACAAAUAAUAUUAUAACCAGUCCUUCUCUCACCAAGGAAAAUAUAAUAAAAAGAGAAAAUUUUAAGUUAACCUCAUCGAAACUGAACAUUCAUAACCUGCCGGUGGAAGUCUGUUUACUUGACAGCAAGCAAUUCACAAUUUUUAAAAUCAAUAAGUGCUCACUAUUAUCAACUGCUGAAAAAAUCUUAGAUAACUUAUUAAACAAUGAAGUAGAUUUAUCAGAUAUUGGUAGAACACUAUUAUUCCCUGUAAUUAGAUCAACAGAUUUACGAAUUAUAAAAGGAACCUUCAAUUCAUUAAUAUUUGAAACUAAUUCUGGAAAUGGACUACAGUUUGAAUUGAAGGCUAUCAAUGUUGAACAUUGGGAAUCAUAUUGGAAACAUUAUUUUUACAAUUAUUUCCAAUAUAGUGAUCACAAGAAUAAUUUUAAAGUCGCGCCAGCGUCUCUUAUGAAUACACCAAAUACUAAAUUUUAUGAAAAAUACAACAAGUUAAAACAUCUAAAAGAACAUAAUAUGGUACAAGGAAUUGGGAUAUCACUAGAAUCCUCACACACUCAAAAAAAUGGAUUGUCACCUUUAUAUAGUAACUACAAAAACUGCAAAAGUUUAUCUUCACUGCAUCGCUCCAAACCUUUGUCAAUCUCUUAUUCAAGUUCAUUAUCAAGCAAUCAGCAAACAAGUCCGACAAUUCAAACAUCAAUGGAAUUGCCAUCGCCACAAGAUGAUUCAUUGGAAAGCAUAACAAUCAUGAGUUAUGAUAAAUUAAAAGAAUUCGAUGAAUCUAUUAAUGUAUUACUAUCCCCUAAAGAGGAGUAUAAUAAAGCCCAAAAUAUUCGAAGCGUUUCCAGUUCAUGUUCUCUAGAAAGAAUCGAUAGCAAUAAUAUAAUUGAACAUACUGCCGAAGAAGUAUAUUACGCAUCCAGCAUAAUAUCCUCCGAGAGUAUAGGAAAUUCAUAUACUAGCUUGACAGACAAUAAAAUUGAUAGUAAAAACAACAGCUUUAUGAUUGAUUAUGAUAAAUCAUUUUUGACAGAUACAAAAAAGUAUGAACCAAAUUUUUAUUCAAAAAAGAAAUCUACUUCCUUAUUGAGUUUCUUCAAUUCUAAAAAGAAUAAGAAGAAUUUAGCUAUUGAUACCUCACCAAUUUCUAACGACGAUAAUUCUAUCAUCAGCAGUAGUACAUCUACAUUUUUUACAUUCGAUUCAACUGAGAGCCCCUCGUCUACGAAUGCUGCAACACCGGUUCAGAAUAGAAACAUACAAUCAUUUGAAAUAUUGGAGUAUUUUAAUCCAAAAAGGCACACAGAGACAUUUAAUAGUGAAGGUUGUAUAUUGACAAUGUGGAAUAAGAAUCGCUGGCAAAAUAUUUUAACAGAUUUAUUCACUAUAAAUAUAUUUACUACUACAUCAAAUUUGAAUUUCCUACUAUUGCAAGAAAUCGUGAUAAACACUGCUCCAUCAGGAAAGUUACUACUUGCGCUUGAUUCAAAUUGUAGAUUUUUCAAAUCAACAGCAAAGGAUAUCCAAAUUAGAUGUACCAACAAAAAUGUUAUUAAGAGUUGUGCAUCUAUUUCUGACAACUGUACUUUCACCAUUAGAUGUAAUAACUCUGAUCUUUUAUUAAAUGCAUUAACGAAUUGUCUAAAAAUCUCGAAACCAUCCACACCUAAUGAAGCAAAACUAACAACUUCUCAUACUUUGAAUACCAUAUCAACUACCUCUUCUUCAUUUUUUAGUAGGAUCAGUCCUACUUCAAGAAAUACAAAUUAUAGUACAGACUCAAAAUCUGAAAAUGAAGAUUUGAUAGAUCUUGAUUUAAAAUUAUUAAAAUCUCGAAAAUUAUUAUCCCUUAUUAAGGUCAAACAUCACACAUAUAAUAAUAUUAACAAUUUAUGGGAAUUUAAUUCUAUAACUCACUUAUCCAUUUACAGUCAAGAAUAUGAGAAGGAGAAAAUUGCUUUGAAGUUUCAGACUCAAAGCGAUAUAACCGAUAUCGAAUCUAAAAGCAAUAUGUCCAAUCUAUUUGUGUCUUAUAUCGACGAUGUCAAAAGGCUUGGAAGAACUGGUAUAUCUCUAAUUGAUUUUGCAACAAACCGCAAAGAAUUAUUCGAGUUCCAAAAUAAUAUAGUAACAAACGACGUUUAUAGUCAAAUUUUAUGA